AUGAAGACUGAGGGUACUAGAGAUCUCGAAGCGGGUUUGAAAUGGCCCCUUCGCCCAACUCUGACGUCCCUCAACGGGGAUCAGUCAUGGCUUUUCAGCUUUCCCAGACCAACAAAUGAUGGACACAACCAAUAUUUUUACCAUAUUGCGUUUGAGCCGUGGCUAAAUGGCCCGACGAGUGACUUUUCGGGGUGGCUGGCACACCUCUCACUAUCGCAGGAGCCUGCGAUCGCUAGCGGUGAUGCUGUGCAGAAAACAGCAGCUGAGAUUGAGCGGGUAGCAGCCGAGUUGGCAAGGACAAACGGCAGUGGCGUGAGAACUGCCCACAAUAAGGGGAUUGAUGAAUAUAAUGGUCCGGUCGAUGCCAUAGUUAUUUUGUUUGACGGACCGGAUCACUGCCAUCGCGCGACGCUUGAGACUUUCGACAAGCGUAUCCCGCUGGUUGCGUCUAAGGAAGUCGCAGCUACGGUAAAGGCUUGGGAUUACUUUGAUAAUAUCUCGACAAUCCACGAGCUGGACCUGUCCGCGCAAACAUGGCAGGCCGACAAGCCCCAUUCAUCACCACUCCCGCCAUGGCUGACAACUUUCAAGUUAUCGGGUGAAGGCUUCCUGAACUUCGUCGGGGUCUUCAUCUGGUCGCACACCUUGGACGCGGGAGAGCAGAUCCACGAGGCUAUUCUAGAAUCGCCGCAUGGAACUGAAACUUUGGACUCGGAAGAUUCUCCAAUCCAGAGCUUCCUUCGCAUGACACCUGCGAUCACGCCGCUUGCUAUUCUGCAUGGCCUAAAAGAGUCUUUCACCACUCGCUGGUGGCGUACCACCCACGGUGCAGAAGCUGGUUUGAAAUUAUACCGCAAGUCAGGAAGCAAGUACUGGAUACUGAGCCAUGAUCUUGAGCUAGAAUAUCGCGGAUUGAUACUGAGGACAAUGGUGUAUGAUAUCAGGCGUACACUGGAUUGGGCACUAAGUCGCGAAAAAGGAGCGACUGAGGCUCAGGAUGUGAAUUUUGUGGAUGUGGGUAAUGGGAACUCUUUUGCCUUGGUAUAG